UCUUCACCGUGAAGUUCACCGUCUUGUGGGAAACACGGGAAAGACAGGGAACUAUUUACUACAAUAAAAACGAUCAGUAGCCGUCUCAUUUUUAUCCAGACACGUGUGAUAAGAUAACCAAUGUCUCUUAAGGUACUUGAGACAAAUGAAGCAGACAGAAGUCGGAAAAGGACAGCAAGUGAUCUUGAAGAGGAUAAAGAUGCAAGCUUGGACAUGGAACAUGAAACACUGAGCUCCUGUAAGGCAUCCAUGCAGCGAAGAAAAAAACAUGCACCAUCAAGUUCAUCAGAGUAUAGUACUUGGAGUGAGGAUGAAGAUGAAGCAGAUUCAAGCUGCUUAAAGAGUCGACUUGCAAGUUAUAAUUCAGGAAACUUUUCAGCAAGCGAACUGACCUAUAAAGAUCUUUUGAACUUAAAUAUCAUUUAUGAGGAUAUGCCAGAACCUCUGGAAAAAUUUAUUGAAGAAGUGAAGGAUGCUUUUAGAAAUGAGAAAGGAUUUACUCCUGAUCCCGGCAAAAUUACCAACAUUCUCAAGAAACAACUUGAAAAAAGUUUGACAUUUUCAUAUGAUAUGAGAAAAAUUGAAAAAUUGGUUAAAAUUCAGCAUAGAGACAGAGAGACAGAGAACGUUAAAAAGGAGGUUACGGAAAAUAUCGAAAUGACAUGGAAAAAGAUGGAUGCACUUUUUGAUUACAAUGCCUUGAAACCUGCUACAGAGGAAUUUCUUAUGGAGUCUGUUACUUUGUUGAAUGUAGCUGUGAGGGAUUUUGCACAGGAAACUCUUGCAUUGAUGGAAAUGGGAAAAUUUCUAGAACCAAAGUAUCCUUUAAUAGAGAAGGAGAGGGGAAAAAGGAAAAGGAGAGGUGAAAGGUCAAGAGGAGGGCAAGAAUGGUCACAUGGUUGUUAUGAUGAUACAAGGUGUGCACACACCACUGAAAACAUAUGCCUGCAUUAUGUUAGAUCAUUUGGAAAGAUAUUCUUUUUGAAAGAAGGGUAA